AUGGCAGAAUGGAAGCUUCACAGCAUGCCCAAGAAGCCGACACGGCGUCGCAUCGUGUGCCCCACAAGAAGUGAGGACGUGAGCCUUCCCAAGCUGGAGCCAAGAAGUGAAAGAAGUGAACCAAGCCCCCUGUGCACAGAGCCAAGCCCUGUCAGGGACACUGUCAGGGGUAGAGCGGUAGAAAAGGCACGGUCAUCGCCCACUGCGGCAGCGCCUUUGACGGUCACAGUCAGGGCCAUGUACUUUAGCAACGACGGCACUCAAGCUGACACAGGAUCUCAGGUGACUCUACAAGUCUGGACAUCGAGCACAGUCGAGGAACUCUUGGGGUCUGUGCGGGAUGCUGUUGGUUGUAGCAAAGGUCGUUUGCUUUUCCGGAUGCGGCCGCUACCAGACCCAUCAGCGACGUUGGAGAUGUGCGGCGUCCACCGCGACCCGUCUGCGCUGCAUCUGUUGAUCUCGCGCCGCUUUCGGCCCCAGGAGGUCAUCGAAAAGGCGCAGGCAGAGGCCGCCGAACUGCAGGUGGCCAUGACGAUGGCAGCCGCAGAAGCGGCUGCGCGGCCCAAGAAACGGCGCAACCCGCAGCCGUCGCAGCAGUCGCCUCGAGAAGUCGUAGAAGUGUCGCCUGAAGAACUGUCGUAA